CAAUUUUCCUCUCUAAUUUUCGAAAAACUAGUUUCAUUCAUUCAUGAAGAAACACUUUCAAUGUAGACUGUAUUUAAAACAUAAACAGUUCCUUGUUCGAAAAAUAUUCCUUCUAUGGAAUAGAAUCUAGCGAUUGUGAAGUAUCAGAAUACGUUCAUCUUUAUUUUACUAACUAAACAAGAAAAAUUGUAACAAGAUAAUUUGAUAUGUUCAUGUGAUACUUUAUAAGUAUUUAAAUAAAAAGUUUCCUUAGUAAUUGAUCUACGUUUGCUAUGCAAUUUGUAUAGUUCAAUUGAUUGCGUACGACGUUGUAUAAAAUAGCAUAAUUUAUUUUAUCGAAAUCGGAGAUUGGAAUUCAUUGGAGAUAAACAAAAUUGGAAUUCAUUACAUUCUGUGACCAGAGUGUGUAUUAAUAGAACUUAGUAUUCUCAAGAAAAAUUUUCAUACAAAGAAUGUCUGGUAGCAAUGAAAGUACUAAUAACAACACCUGUGUUGUGUGUUACAAAAAUGUUGAUAUUUAUAGUAUUGGUAUGUGUGAACAUCCUGUGUGUUACGAAUGUAGUACUAGAAUGAGGGUACUUUGCUGUCAGAAUGAGUGCCCCAUAUGCCGUCAAGAUUUACCAAAAGUUGUAUUUACAAAGGAGAUCAAACCCUUUCGUCACUUACAUAAAGGCAACUUGUUUGACACAAGAUAUAAUAUCUAUUUCGAUACACCUGACAUUCAAAGUAAAUUUUAUGAUUUAUUGGCUAAUAAUUGCAAUAUUUGUAAAGAAAAAGCAGUGUUUAAUAAUUUUAACAGUUUAAAAGAUCAUAUGAGACAUCAACAUGAACUGCAUUAUUGUGAUCUCUGUGUGGAAAAUUUAAAGAUAUUUUCCCAUGAAAGGCGUUGUUAUACCAGGUCUGAUCUUGCCCAACAUAGAAGGAAAGGAGAUGUGGAUGACAAAAGUCAUAAAGGUCAUCCACUGUGUGAAUUUUGUGAUCAACGUUAUAUGGACAACGACGAGUUGUUUCGACACUUAAGACGAGAUCAUUUAUAUUGUCAUUUUUGUGACGCGGAUGGUUUACAUCAAUAUUAUAGCUCUUACGAUUACCUCAGAGAUCAUUUCAGGCAAGAACAUUUUCUAUGCGAAGAGGGAAUGUGCGCGGAGGAAAAAUUUACGAGUGUUUUUAGAACUGACAUCGAUCUUAAAGCGCAUAAGGCAAGUAUUCAUAGUAAGCAGCUGAGCAAGGCUGCUGCUAAGCAAGCGAGAACAUUGGAGCUAGAAUUCACGCUAGCUCCACGUGGUGAAAAUCGGAUGAACAGAAGAGGAAUGUUAGGCGCAUCAACUUCCAGAAGUUCAAGAGAUUACGGUGGAAGAGAUUACGGUGGAAGAGAUUACGGUGGAAGAGAUUAUGGCGGAAGAGAUUAUGGUGGGAGAGAUUAUAAUCUCAGGGAAUAUCAACAAACUGUAACACCAAAUACUUCGAAUGUAUUUGUGUCAAACAACGAACCUACUUUUGUGCAACAACCAUCUGUGGAUGUACAAAGUACCGAGGAGUUUCCAACAUUGGGUAACGCUACACCUGUUGUACCUACCUUAAGUCAGAGUAAAGGUAGAGGUAACGUAACGAUUCGUAGUACAAUAAGACCUCAGCCACUCGCUGUUACAGACGAAAAUUUCCCUGCAUUGGGACCGGAAUCAGGAAGUACAAGUAUAUCUAAAACCGUCAACUUCAGUGUAUCGAGCGGUAAUUCUUCAGGAUCGGGUACGCAAACCCAGAAGGGUACAACUUCCAAUGUGUCUAUUCAAGUAAAUCAUGAACCAAACGGGACUGUUACUACAAAGGUUUCGGGUCCUAAUAUUAGAAUUCGUCCUGCUCAACUAUCAAUGGAAUCUGAUUUUCCUGCGUUGGGUUCAGCAGAACCAUCGACCAGUUGUAAUACUAACUUGGCUCAUUGGAAAGAAGUUCUACAAUGGACCUGUUCUUCUAAAUCAGCCUCAACAUCUGUACCGAAACCUAAAAAGGUUGCGUCACCGCCAUUAGUACCCUCUCCGCCACCAAUUCAAUCUGGGGCAGAUUUUCCUACGUUAUCAAAAUCGUCUAAAUCAAAGAAGCAAUCGACAAUUACUGUAGUACCUUCGUGGAGUCAGCCGCAGAGUUCUAAUAACAGUAACAAUGUAAAAACGACUACCGACAUAACGAAAGGAAAAACGAAAAAGAAAAAGGUUAAACAAAAUUGUAACAAUAAUACUGUUAAUGGAAACGAUACUACCAGUUCAAGAACAAAUGUAAGUACCGUUGUAGUCAAGAAAGAAUGCGAGACGUUGAAAAAUGCGUGUGCGAACAGUAAAAAUGCCAUUGAUGCUGUACAGUCAAGUUCGCAAUUAAUGCAAAAUACAGAUAACAUGAGCAACAAUGUAAAUACAUCAAAAAAUAUGAAUGUACAAUCUUCGAAGGAGAUAGAACAAACUAAUAAAAAGGAUAAGAAGAAACAUAAAAACGUGGAUAACGAAACAGUUGUAAAUACAUAUACUGAUAAUAAUACUUCCAAUGGAGUACAGAGAAAACGUACAGAAUUAAAGAUAGAUAGUUUAAACUCAACAAACAGAAAUGUUCGUCAUUUAGAAGAAUUUCCAGCUUUAAGUGGAAGUAGUUCUAAGCCACCUGGGUUUACAAAUCCACCGCCUGGCUUUGGUACGACAACUCCUCCGCCUCCUGGUUUUUGCAUAAAGUACAACAGCAUGGAUAAAUUGAACAGCAGUAAUGGAUUGACAUUUACAAACAGUUCUGGAGAGAGUUAUUCAAUCUUGCCGGAUAAUAGUAAGCACAACAGUGCGUAUAAUUACGUACCCCCGCUGGAUUUUCAGAAAAGAAAUAAAUGUCUGGUAGCUAAUGUUAACGAAGUUUUAAUGCAACACGAUCAAAUCGAGGAAUUCCGAUACAUAAGCGGCUUGUUUCGGCAAGGUACGUGUAACGCUCAAGAUUAUUACACGCGUUGCCGUGAGGCAAUGGGUCUCAGUGCUUUCGAGGACGUAUUUCCAGAACUAUUAGUUCUGUUACCUGAUAUCGAAAAGCAGCAAGAACUGUUUAAAAUUCAUAAAAAGGAGAAUGGCAACAAGAUAAGAGGUUUAGAAAUUUGUGCGACAUGCGGUCAAGUAUUGAAAAAUUCCGAUUUUCGAACGCAUAUGGCUAGUCAUACAUUAGAAAAUCAUUUUCCAGCCUUGGGUAAAAGUAAUGUUCCGCCCCAAAAGAAUUCUUGGGUACGUAAAUGAGUAUAGAUCUCUUUCUUUAAUUAAUAACUACAAAUUCUGCCCAGACUCUGUAAGCUACCAAUAAAGGAAAUAUGCUGAACAAAUAUUUUUGUGGUUGGCAUCAAUGUAAAAUAAUCAGUUAAUUUAAACAUUACUGACAGAAGACACGGUACAUAUUCCAGUGGUCAGUUACUAGUAUUAAAAUUUAGUUUGAACAAAUUACCAUGUUUUACUUGGUGUUUGUUCAAUGACUUGUGUGAUUGCUGCCUAAAAUAAAAAAAAAAAAUUUGUUAU